GGUUAUGACAUAGUGUGGGUGCUUGAUGCCGUAGGUUCUGAGGAUGUAUGUGUACCUAUGAUAAAGAACUAAGAACGAACGACUCGACAUGGAAUUUGUUGACUGGCCCUACACUAAUACCGACGUCUUGCCUACCCGGUAUGCUUCGAGUUGCGCGCUAUACAUCGACUCCUCCUACCGGCAUGUGCACUCACUAUUUCAACGAUAGCACCUACGGCCAGCAUUCGUACGCCAAUCUGCAGUGUCUUGAAUCGUUGCAUUGUCUUGCGACCAGCUCACAGUCUGCCAUCAAUAUCCCACAAGUUUCCGUCUUUCAAAAUGGACUACAGCUCCAUCAACACCCCGCCAGCCUGUUAUGCUGACUUUUGUCUGGUGCCGGUCGGCACGGGGACUACGUCGGUCGCAGCGGAAGUCGCUGAAGUGCAGAAAGUUGUAAAGGCCAGUGGCCUCAAGUACACGAUGCACUCAGCCGGCACUACCGUCGAGGGCCCGUGGGAUGAGGUCAUGACAGUCAUUGGCAAAGCUCACACCAUCGUCCACCAAACGGGCGCUGUGCGUGUCCAGACGAGCAUGAGGGUCGGCACGCGGACCGACAAGAAGCAGACGGCAGAGGACAAGGUGAAGAGGGUUCAGGACCUUCUUGAGGAGUCGAAGUAAGACAUAUAUAACGUGUGAUCUAUAAAAGAGUCGGACAGGACAAUUCACAGCCUCGUA